CAAUGCGUUUGUUUACUACUGACCACAAGGAUCGUAUUUCAGGAAAAAGAAGUAAUGCAACUAGCUUGCAAGGCAGCUAAAUGUGUUAAUAUAACCCUUGAAAGAGAUUUACAUUAUAAGACCAGUUUUCUUACUGUCUCCGACGAUGCUGUGUUUGGGUGUAAAUGCGGCGAGGUCGUCGGUAUCGUUACAAAAGCUGUGCAUCCUAUCCCUGCUGUACCUGAGACAUGGUUUCCAUGCCUGCUAUCAGCUGUCUAGGAGAAGAGGGGGACACAUCGGGACCUUUCGCUGCCUGUCUACUGGACCCGGCUCCCCUCCUCCCACUACAUUAACUGACUCCUCUGAGUGCACUGAACCACAACCCAGUCACACUACCUCAGCCUGGUCUCCUGACCAGGGUCCACCGCCUGCUCCCACCCACUUCUGUGUGUGGAUCGAAUAUGCAGAGCAGCUGCUGGCAUACUAUCAUGAUGGAGGUGAACACUCGCUCGCCGCUAUUGAGGAGAAUGUCCCUGAUGAGAACCUUAAAACCUACCUGAUGUUGGAGAUUAGACUCUUGAAAAAGUGACUGAUGUAUUUACUGCCAGUGGCCCUGACCACAGAAUUAUGGGAAUUCUUAUGUUAAACUGUAAGCACAUUAUAACACACUCCAGUCACCGAUUUAAUCUCCACAUUGUCCCUUUCUCCUGUGGGUCGCACAGUUUACAUAUGAAGAAAAUGGAAAAUGCUGAGAUAUGGGGACUACAGCAAGAAACAGGAGCAGUCAAACCAUAAGACCGGUUGAAAACAAACCAACAGUUUAUCAGAUUAGCUCAGCAACUUUAUUUGAAGGUACAGCUUAAUCAAGUUGGAUUGCAUGUGGCACUAAAUCGGUGGCAUGCUCUUUUAACAUGAGAAUUCUCUUUAUUAUUACUCUAUUCUAGUGAUCUGGCAAAUUCAUCAAUUGUCAUGUUCUUAUAGUUAUAAAAUGUAUUUGCACAUUUUUCAUUUUGAUCAGUUUGUUUGAAGGUGGAACUAAAAGCAUAUUUUUGUGUUUAAUGAUCAUUUGUUUUACAGUAUUUAACAGUAUAUUUAAAUUAUCUAUUUGAAAUUGUUAAGUGUUGCUGAUUAAAUUUAUGUUCUUUUUGAGCAGACUCAACCAGCUUUGAUAAGUUUGCAGGAACGGCCACUAGAGGGUGCUAGAUACACAUAAAACUAUCUGUUCAUGAGAAUAAAAUAUUUUGACUGAUCCUU